AUAUCCUCACAGAAACUGUAUUGUCAGGGCCUUAGCCUAAGUUAAGAUUGUGCUCCAGGCAGGAGAAAGCACCCCGCCAGUCCUUCCAGCAGAGAAGUAGCUCCCGCCUCAGCCGGCUGGGUUUUCUCUCCUCGCUGGGGCCCUCCACUCAGAGGCAAUGAGCAUUCAGUCACUGUGCAGAACUAACUCCCUCUGAUCCCUGCAACAGGCACAAGUCUUCUAUCCUGCAAGACUGAAUCAGAAUGAGUCACUUGAAGCUCCCGGAACAAAGUACUUGCAGCUGCCUCUCAAGACACUGCCUCCAUGUAGGUGGGACACACCUCUCAGGGCAGUCACAUUUUUUUUCCUCCUUCCUUCAAACAGGCAGGGAAUUCUGAUGCUCCCAAAAGACUGGCUCUACCCGCUCAGCUCUCAGCUGCCCCUACAAUGUGAAUCCUGCUUCUCCAGCUCAGGACUCGAGUUUUAAAAUAAAAUGGAUGAUUUGACGUUACUUGAUCUCCUGGAGUGCCCUGUGUGCUUUGAAAAGCUCGAUGUCACAGCCAAAGUCCUGCCCUGCCAGCACACCUUCUGCAAACCAUGUCUACAGAGGAUUUUCAAGGCCCACAAGGAGCUGAGGUGCCCGGAAUGCAGGACCCUGGUGUUCUGCAGCAUCGAGGCUCUGCCCGCCAACCUGUUGCUGGUUCGUCUGCUGGAUGGUGUGCGCUCGGGACAGAACUCCUGGAAAGGGGGCUCCUUUCGCAGGCCUCGAAUACUGACCUUGCAAGACCACAGGAAAACCAAGACCAGCCCCAGAAGUCUACAGGCCAGCCCUUUCCGGCUGGUGCCCAGUGUCAGGAUCCACAUGGAUGGGGUGCCUCGAGCCAAGGCCUUGUGCAACUACAGAGGGAAGAAUCCUGGUGACCUGAAGUUUAAUAAAGGAGAUGUCAUCCUCCUCCGGAGACAACUUGAUGAGAACUGGUACCAGGGGGAGAUCAAUGGGGUCAGUGGGAUCUUCCCGGCCAGCUCCGUGGAAGUCAUCAAGCAGCUGCCCCAGCCGCCACCACUCUGCAGGGCCCUCUACAAUUUUGACCUUCGAGACAAGGAUAAGAGUGAGAACCAGGACUGCCUGACCUUCCUCAAGGAUGACAUCAUCACGGUGAUCAGCCGAGUGGAUGAGAACUGGGCGGAAGGGAAGCUGGGAGAUAAAGUGGGCAUCUUCCCCAUCUUGUUCGUGGAGCCAAACCUCGCAGCAAGACACCUCUUAGAGAAGAACAAAGGACAUCAGUUAUCACGCACGAAAAACCUGUCCCUGAUGUCCUCUCCAUCCAGAGGCAAAGCAACCAACACACUCACCCUCCGAAAGAGCCCUGGGUCCAGGAGGAAGGGGUCUGGGCAGUUCUCCAUCACAACAGCUUUGAACACACUCAACCGCAUGGUCCAUUCUCCUGAAGGUCACCAGAUGGUGGAAAUCAGCACCCCAGUGCUCAUCAGCUCUAGCAGCCCCUCUGUGCUCACUCAGCAUGGGGACAAGGCAGACUUCCCUGCCAACCCUUCAGGACAGGUCAGCACAUCUCACCCUGCACCUGCCUCCCUGGGACAUUCCACAGCCGUGGUCAGUGUGCCCGGCUCCCAGCAACACCUCUCAGCUAACAUGUGUGUAGCCCUGCACUCGUACUCAGCCCACGGGCCUGACGAGCUGGACCUGCAGAAAGGAGAAGGCAUCAAGGUGCUGGGGAAGUACCAAGACGGCUGGCUGAGGGGUCUCUCCCUAGUCACGGGGCGAGCUGGCAUCUUCCCGAGCGACUACGUCAUCCCCGUUUUCAGGUACAUCUCCAGGGCCCUUCUGUGGGCUGAGAUGAGGAUGGACCCAGUGCUUUCAAUAGAGCACAAGCCAAGAAGUAGCUUUUGCCUUCAUAUCCCACUAACUUACACACAAAAUAUUUAUAACUCCCACACACACACACACACCCCAGAGGUCUCACUGUUUUGUUUUUUGUUUUUUGUUUUUUUUACAUGCCUGGAACUUAGCCAAGUUGGCCUCAAACUCACAGUCCUCCUGCCUCAGACUCCCAGGUGUGGAGCCCUGAGUCUGGAGGAGGGCAACCAUGGUGAGGAAAGAAGAGACUGCAGCGUGGAAGAGACUGAGAAAGUGGGGUGGUUACCUGUGGAGCACAAAGGACAAAGGGAGCAUGACGUGUACCAGACUACACUGAGGCCACGAGUGGCACCAGAGGAAAGCAGGGAACUCAACUUAGAAGAUGGAUCCUUGCAGAGAGCAGUCCACUCAGGAAUCCCCACUUUCAUGGUGGGAUCCCUCAGGCGCAGUCCCACCGUGGUGAUCCGGCCUCAGAAGCUCCAGUUCUGUCGGCCACAGGGAAUGACCUCUUCCCCAGCACCCAUGAUGGUGGACGUGGGGUCUAAACCCAUUUCCCCUGGGGAGCCUGCCCCGGCCUGCAUCAGCAGAGGUGGCAAGACCAGGAGCCACUCGGCGGCCAGUUCCCUCAUCAUGGAAGGCAAAGAAAUACCCGUCAAGAGCGAGCCGCCACCCAAGCCGCCUGCGUCUGCCCCACCCUCGAUCUUAGUGAAACCAGAAAAUUCAAAAAAUGGCAUCGAAAAGCAAGUCAAAACCGUGAGGUUUCAGAAUUACAGCCCUCCUCCCACCAAACAUCAUACCUCUGGAAAGCACCAACAACCAGCCGCCUUGAAGGGGUCCCAGCCUGAAGCAGUCCCCUCAGGAGCAGAGAUGACUGUCCUAUUCGCUCAUCGCAGUGGCUGCCACUCUGGACAACAGAUGGACCUUCGGAAAAAGUCAGCGGCGGGCAAGACCGUGCCCCCAGUGUCCACUGCUUCAUCCACACAGACCGUAUUUGCGAGCAAAUGAUUCUUUUGGCGUGGCUUUUCUUAGACACAAAAGAGGUGAAUUACAUGUAAAUACAGCCUGCCUCCACUGCAACGCAUCCUUCUGUUCUUCGAAGGAUGAGUCUCCCUCAUCUCCCAUUUCAACCUGAAGGAAUGGGAAGUGGAAACUCCUGCCGGGGUUGGUUGGCUUUUUCUUUCCACCCCACCCCCCACCCUCAGGGUGGGGGUUUCUCAGUGUAACAGUCCUGGCUGUCCUGGAUCUCACUCUGUAGACCAGGCUGGCCUUGAACUCACAGAGAUCUGCCUGCCUCGGCCUCUCAAGUGCUGGGGUUAAAGGCGUGCACCACCACCACCCAGCAUUUUUCUAAACUUAGUGAUUUGAUAACAGCCAAAGAGUAGGGAAAUGUUGAUGUCUGUGCCUUCCGAGUGCAGGGUUUGGCCUCUCAUCCUGUGUGCUCAUUGUAAAAUGUCUUUGUAUCCUAGGACAGCCAAAGGAUGGCAGUGCUGAAAUUGUUCUCAGGGCCUCUUUAACCUCAUCACCAUCCCGCUCUCUUAUCAUCCUAUUGGAAAAACCUCUGCCAUCUUCUGGGGCUGAAUCUUUUUCAUUCCCGAGUCACCACUCCAGCUGCAAAGGGGGAACUGGGGGACGGGAGGGCGGGGCUAUGGUACGAGAUGGAUGUAUUGAACAUUAUAAGAACCCACUAAAACUGAAGGGAGUGACUUUCUGAGUUUGCUACAAACAAGGCCAGAGAGAAUGCUGACUACCAAAUGCCAAAAGAUUAUCACGCGUUAAGCUUCUUGGCCUGUUUCUUCCCAUAUAUUUCUACACAGUAGAUAAGCAGGGAGCAUGGAGGGGCAGAUAAGGGACGUGUGUGGUAUUAUAAACUUUACAUCCUUCCCCCCUCAAAGCAAAAUGUGCUUCAAAGCAACCUUGAAUGGGCAGUGAGUUUAGAUCUAUGUUCUGAUUCCGUUCCAACAUUUUUGUUCUCCCUGGCUCCUAAUCAUUUGGGGCAGAUGACUCAUUUCCCCUAUGGGACAAUGGGGGAGGGCAAGAAGGGGUGUUCUUGGAGGAGAGCUGCGGCCAAAGGAAGUGGACAGAGAAGGCUUGAGAAGGAAAGGGAGAUAGAAGGAAUAAAGGAAGUAUCAUGCAUGCAACAAAUACAGAAGAGACGGGCAGGAAGGGAGGAGAGAGUGAGCUUCUCGGGGAGGAUAUAAAACAGGUGUGGUGGAAGCCGUGUUUACAGCCCUUACAAAAAAGGGAAAAGGGGGCAGAGUCUGCCGUGGAGAAAGGGUCAGAACAAAGUGACUCCACACUGAGUGGGCUGGAGUGAGCAGGUCCAGCCCAGGAGCCUUGUGAACAGGGCCGGGGGAGCAGGGGAGGCAGCCCUAAGAGUCAAGGCCCUGCUCGAAGACAGCCCAUUAGUUCUCAUUAAAUGUAAUUGUUGUGACUUAACAUUCAUCACAGGCCCAUCAGUGUGGACACUUUGAUGCAUAAAUGCCAUUUGCUACUAAGGCUGGGUGCCACUU